AUGACAAGCCAAAUCGACGCGGUCUCUUCGAAAGAGUUUCCUCUUAAACCCCAUAAUUCGCCGGCGGUCAAAGUUCCAGGUCUCAUGUUCUGUAGUGGUCAGCUCGGUUUCGGUGAAAUGGCAGAUGCUACCAUCGAAUCAUUGACCAAACUCAAGAGCGUUCUCGAAAUUGGCGGUUCGAGUUUGGAAAAGGUGGUAAAGUUCAAUGUCCUCAUAGGUGAUAUCGAAAAGUUUGAUGGUGAGUCACUGAUGUCAUUCAAGUUCACACCUACUCCUAAACCCGCACGUACUUGCACUCAGGCCGGUCGUCUUUGGGGCGGUGCUGCAAUUGAGAUCGAGUGCAUUGCUCAGCUUUGA